CCUUCCCCUUGUUUCUGUCUCUCUGCAUCAUCGAUAAUUUCCCUGCUUUCCCUUUCCCCUUCCACUGUUAAAAUUACAAAUCUUUUCUUCCCCUCAAACCAACCCUUUUUGAUUCUUUUCUCCGUCCUCUCUCUCUCCCAGACUUCUCUCUCUCACCAUCUCUCUGUUCUUUUCUCGCCUCUGAGAAUCAUCUGACACACGAAUCAGGGAAAAACAGAAGCCGCCAUAGCCAAAAGCUCCAUCACCGCCUCUGCAACAACAACGAGAAGAAGAUAUCAGCAGCAGAACUAAAGAAGCUUACCACCAAAAUCAUAAUCAUCAUCAUAGCCGGAUUCCCCUGAUUACAGAAACCCCCAAAAUUUCCUCGUCCGCGAUUUCGAUUCCAUCCCACCAUUUCUGCUUCCAUCGGUAGGAACAGAGCGGCAAAAGUUUUGGGCGUCUCUGUUUAUUUAUGUUCGGGAAGCAGAUAUGGCUGCCGGCACAGAUUUCUCGCCUCCCUUCGCUAUGCUAAACGGCGGUGGAUACAACAAUUCCAGUAGUAAUAAGGAUAUCAGUAGAAACCUCUCCCCCGCUGCCGGCGCCGACGAGAAUUCCGACGCCGUCAAGCAAAUCCCCAAUGGCAGGCCUCCCCGCCACACCAUCCCCUCCGCCAGGCUACUCGCCGCCGCCGAUCUGGCUAUGGAUGUUGGGAUAGUCGUCAAUAAGUUGCCGUCCGAUGAAAAAACCGAUUUUUUGCCGGUCUUCCGAUCAGGGAGUUGCGCCGAGGAAGGUCCCAAGCGGUACAUGGAGGAUGAACAUGUAUGUAUUGAUGAUCUCAACCAGCACCUGGGUUCAACCACUGCCAGCUUCUCCUCCAUGGGAGCUUUCUACGGGGUGUUUGAUGGCCAUGGAGGUACGGAUGCAGCUUUGUUUGUGAGGAACAAUAUAUUGAGAUACAUAGUUGAUGACUCCCAGUUUCCUAUGUGCGUGGAGAAGGCAAUCAAGAGUGCUUUCUUGCGCGCUGAUUACACCUUUGCAGAUGAUAGUUCUCUCGAUAUCUCCUCUGGCACCACCGUGCUCACUGCCCUUAUGCUUGGCCGAGGACACUGAUCAUUGCCAAUGCUGGGGAUUGUCGAGCAGUGCUGGGCCGAAGGGGCAGAGCAAUUGAGAUGUCCAAAGACCACAAGCCGAACUGCACAUCUGAGAGGUUAAGAAUCGAGAAGCUUGGCGGAGUCAUCUAUGACGGCUACCUCAAUGGCCAAUUGUCGGUCUCCCGUGCACUAGGUGACUGGCACAUGAAGGGUCCCAAGGGGUCCGCGUGCCCCCUGAGCCCAGAACCUGAGUUGCAGGAAACAAACUUAACCGAGGAAGACGAGUUCUUAAUAAUGGGGUGUGACGGCCUUUGGGACGUGAUGAGCAGCCAGUGUGCAGUGACGAUAGUAAGGAAAGAGCUCAUGCUCCACAAUGAUCCUGAGAGGUGCUCCAGGGAGUUGGUCAGGGAAGCACUGAAGCGAAACACAUGUGAUAACUUGACGGUUAUAGUUGUUUGCUUCUCCCAGGAUCCGCCACCUCGGAUCGAGAUCCCUCAGACGAGAGUUCGUAGGAGCAUAUCGCUGGAAGGUUUGAACUUGCUCAAGGGCGUGCUUGAUGGGAACUCGUGAGAUGGAGGGCGGAAACAAAUGGCCUUUGUACAGGACGUUUUCCUUGGUGUCCCGCGAUUGUCAGGAGCGCAUUGUUCUGAUUCUUUGGAAAUGCAGAACCUUGUGAUGAAGUUGGAAAUGUUGUGCCGAUUUGGGAGAACGUUCGUAGCUCUGAAUGGCUGAGAUGCAUGGCUUCCUGGCCUGCUGCCUUAAUUUUUGAUUUAUCCAUUGUACAUAAUCAUGGAAUUCAUUUUGUUUCUUACCUUUUUACUUCAAAUGGUGUAAUGUUAUUUUGAUUACUACGUGAUGUUAUCACUAUUUAUUUUAGAGUUCAUUUAAUUAAUUGAUUAUUGCCUGUUCUUUCCUGAG